ACAUGGCGGCUCCCAGUGUGACCAGUACAUCCAUGACGUCAUCGCCCAGUGCUCCCAGUACCAACAUGGCGGCUCCCAGUACCAACAUGGCGGCUCCCAGUACCAACAUGGCGGCUCCCAGUGCUCCCAGUACCAACAUGGCGGCUCCCAGUAUGUCCAGUACCACCAUGACGUCAUCUCCCAGCGCUCCCAGUGCGACGAUGACGUCACCUCCCAGUAUCACCAGUACCAACAUGGCGGCUCCCAGUGCUCCCAGUACGACGAUGAUGUCACCUCCCAGCGCUCCCAGUAGCACCGACGCCGUUGCCAUGGACACCAGCGCUCCCGCUGACGUCACCGCUGACGUCACCGCUGACGUCACUGCUGCCGUCCCCCCCAAGAGCUCCUCGUCGUCGUCGUCAUCGUCCUCCUCUUCCUCCUCCUCCUCCUCCUCCUCCUCGUCCGACUCCGACUCCGACUCAAGCUCCAGCGACUCCGACUCCGCCCCGCCCUCGCCGGCCCCGCCCACCGGGUCCCCCGGCGCCGUCUCCGUCCCCUCCAUGGCCGCCAUCACCGCCCCCGGUGCCCCGGAGCCGCCCCCCGGUGACGUCACCGCUGCCACGCCCGAAGGCUCCGCCCCCUCCGAGGCCACGCCCACCGCGGCGGCGGCCGCCAUCUUGGCGCCCGUGAAGCGCAAGCGGCGCCGCUCUUCCUCCUCGUCCUCGUCCUCCUCCUCCUCCUCGUCCUCCUCUUCCUCCUCCUCCUCCUCAUCCUCCUCCUCCUCCUCCUCGUCCUCCUCCAGCUCUUCCUCCUCCUCCUCCUCCUCCUCUUCCUCUUCGUCCUCGUCUUCCUCCUCCUCCUCCUCCUCCUCAUCCGAGGAGGCCCCGCCCACAGCCCCGCCCGAGGCCGCCCCUCCCCCCGCCACCACCGACCCCGCCCCCCCCGCAGGCCCCGCCCCAUCCACCACCCCGGCCACGCCCACCACCGCCACCACCCCGGCCACGCCCACCACCACGGCCACGCCCUCGGUGCCUGCGUCCCCAGCGGCCACGCCCACUUCCACGGCGGCCACGCCCACCACCGCGGUGGCCACGCCCACUGCGGCCACGCCCUUGCUGUCGCUUAAACCCGCAGCGAUGGGCGGGGCAACGGCGGUGCCCCGCCCACCCGGCUCGCUGCUGUCGCUCACGCCGGGCGGGGGGCGUGGCUUGCGCCCUUCGCCCCGCCCUCCCGGCUCUCUGCUCUCAUUGGCCACAGCCGGGAGGGGCGUGGCCGGGCGGGGCGGCGGCCCCUUCCCCCUAUUGGCUGCCCGCAGCCCAGGCUCCGCCUCCUUCCAGCGGGCGGCCACGCCCUUCUUGGCCACGCCCACGCGCGGGGGGUGGAGCCCUCGCUCCCCCUCCUCCCCCUUCCUCCGGGGGGGCGUGGCCGGGGGGGCGUGGCCUCGGCUGGGCGGGGGCGGUUCCUGCCUGCACCGUUUCCACGGCAACCUCGGGGGGGCGGGGCUGGGCUGCUCCGCCCGCUUAGGGGGCGGGGCCUGCAUGCACCGCUUCCACGGCGGCAUGGGUGUGGCCUCGGUGGCGGCGGCCAAUCGCGUGAGCCCCUGCGGCCACCGCGGCUGCUGCUACCACGGCAGGGGCGGGGCUUCGCUGGGAGGGGGCGGGGCCACGCCCAGAAGCCCCUCCCCUUUCGCCAUGACGCCCAGCAUGGCCGCCCGCAUGGCCCAGUACUCCCAGUAUGGCUCCACCUCCUCCCAGUAUGGCUCCGCCUCCUCCCAGUAUGGCUCCGCCUCCUCCCAGUACGCCUCUACCUCCUCCCAGUAUAGCUCCACCUCCUCCCAGUAUAGCCCCGCCUCCUCCCAGUACAGCCCCGCCUCCUCCUCCACCUCCCAGCUAAGCUCCGCCUCCUCCCAGUACUCCCAGUACUCCCAGUACGCCCAGCUGGCCUCCCAGUAUUCCCAGUAUUCCCAGUACGGAACCGCCGAGGGCUCCCAGUACGGCGCCGGCGACGCCUCCCAGUACGCCCAGUACGCCGCCAGCGCCGCCCAGUACGCGGCAGCAGCCAAUAGCGGCGCAGGGGGCGGGGCCAGCGAGGCCUCCCAGUAUGGAGGCGCAACUGGGAGCCAAUAUGGCGCUGGAGGGGGCGGGGCUCAAAGCGCGGCGGGAGGCGGGGCUUCAGCGGGAGGGGGCGGGGCCUCAGCGGGAGGGGGCGGGGCUACGUGGGCGGGGGAGGGAGGGGCGCAGGAAGGGUGGGGGGGGGCGAGCGGGGGAGGGGUGAGUUGGGGGAAUUGGGUGUCGCCUGCUCAGUGAUAAAACAACCGAAAUUUGGGGUUUUUUCAUGGAGGUUUUGGCACAAAAUUUGGAAUUUUGGGGUGGUUUUGGGGGUUUGGGGGUUGAGGAUGGAAGUUUGGAGGUGUGGGAGGAAAAAAAUUGGGGGUUUCUGGGUGGAAAUUUGGGGUUUUUAGCCCCAAAUCAAAGCGAGAGAAGCCCCCGCGAGGGGCGUGGCUAAAGGGUGAAGCCCCGCCCCCUCCCGAUCCCGGAGGCGGAGUCAGCGUCGGCGCUUCCCAGGCUGGGCCCCGCCCCCCCUCCCCUGCAGGCGAUUGGCGGAGGUGGCACCGGGGUGACCGCGGUGGCCUCGUGCGGGGAUGAAAAUGCCGAGUUUGGGGGUUGUUUUUAGGGUGAAAACGCUCAGUUUGCAGGUGGAUUUUGGGAUGGAAACGCCCGCUCUGAGGGCGGAUUUUUAGGGAUUUGGGGGUGGGGUCACUUCCGGGGUCAUUUUGGGGUCACUUCCGGGGUCAUGUUGGGGUCACUCCUCAGGUCCCACAGGGGUCACGGCGGGGUCACGGCGGGGUCGCCCCUCCCCCCACCCAGCCAGGCCGGCGCUCCAGGGACCCUCGGGUACGUCAGGGGGCGGGGCCUAAACAGACCCCGCCCACUUCCCAAAAAGGGGCGGGGUCAAUUUUAAAGUGGGAGGGGUCAAAUAUGGAGGGGGGUGGGGUCACAACCCCCCUGACCCCGCCCCCCUUUUUCCCCUCCCGGCCAAUGGGAGGAGCUCUCUGGCCCCGCCCCCUCCUCACCCCUCUCUUCUCUUACAGCUCCGCCCCCCCGAAGCUCCGCCCCCCGACUUCAGGCCCCGCCCCCCUCCUUCCUUUUAAACUCCCAACCCCGCCCCUUUUAUCUGCAAGCUCCGCCCCCUUUUCCUAUCCUGUUACCCCUUGACCACGCCCCCUGCUUUGACCCCGCCCCUUUCCUGGUUAAACCCCGCCUGUUUUCCUCCAGGCCCCGCCCCCUUGCUUUUCAAGCUCCGCCCAUUUUAUCAAGCCCCGCCCCCCCUUCCCCCUUUUAUGUUCUGCUUCCUGUUUUACAUUAA